GUUGCAUCCUGUUUGUUAUUUAAUCUGUACUGUUAACCUUACAUUACAAGUAUAGAUUUAGCAGAGAUCAGGUAUUGAUUGAGUUUGUAAAUACCAUGAAAUAUUAAGCUUAGUCAUAUUUCAUUGACCUGUUGAUAUGGACACAGUGAUGUCACAAUCAGUGAUAGCUGUGACAAUGGCUUCUUGUGAUCUGGCGUUGACAACUGAAUGUAGCAGAAAGAUUAGAACCUAGAAGUAGAACAAAAGAACAUAAAAAGCACAUCCUAUCACAUCACUGGAGGUAUACACACGAAACUGUCAGAUCCAUUGUGGUUGUGAUUGUGAUCAUCAUCGUGUCGGUGAUAACACUACAUUGAGCACCUGUAAAAUUGGCACCUCUUGCAAGAGAAUUGCCAUUAAAUGCAAGUCUAAUUAGCACUAUCAUUCUGGUGCAUUAAACAUCAUUAGCAGCUGUCUGUUGCAUUCAAAGCAUCUUGCAAAAAAGGUUCACUGGUCAAUGCAGACUUAGACUGUUGUUAGAAUUCUGUUCCUUUGUCAUGAUCCUGAUCUCAAAUAGUCUAAAGGCUGGUACACCUGAUUCAUACCAGAUCCCUGUUGUUGAACUCCCAGCAAGCCAGUGACAUGGAGAGUCGGUUGCUUUUCUUAUUGUCGUACUCGGGAUAAUCCCAACCUUUAUUUGAAAAAAGUAUUAAGAAUACAGAAUCUCAUGCUUACUCCCAUCAGUUUAUUGGUCAGCCUUGAUAGUGUCCUUGACAGAGGUUCAUUUUGAUAUUUCCCCAUCACAAUAACCACUUAGAGGAUUAGGCAUGACUGUUCAAAUGAGAUAUUGAGUCAAUCUCCUCUAAUCAGCUUAACGUGGAAUUGUAAAAAUGAUCUAAAACACAUAAUCCUGUGAUUUGUCAAAUGGUGUCAUUGUGUAGUGAUGGUGAAUGCCCUAUGCUGAUUCUGCAUACAGAAAUGGUCUACAGUAACAUUUGGCAGUCAAUAUGUUAUGUUGUUCACAGUGUCAGUUACACUUAGUAUGAGUCAACCUACAAGCAAAAACGUUAUGGAAUGACCAAAAAUUGAUCGGCAGUGUCACUUCAGUAUUUGAGAUAAUUUAUGAUUCUGUUUUGUCAGGGAGUUUUAAAUUCACAUCAAUAUUUCAUGUGAGCGAUCCAUGUUAAAUGCAUAAUUUUUGGAUCUCGAUUUAAGUCAUUUGUGUUGGAUUUCCAAUUGAUUGUGUGACAUCUCUCAUGUUGUCACUCUGUUAUGGAUAAACCCUGGGAGUGUAAUGGUUUUAUUUGGAGCCUUGAUGUUUGAUUUGGUCACUUGAAGGGACUGAAGAAGCAUCAGUUAAUAUCCUUGUGGAAAGGAAGUGAAGUUAUUUCAUUGUCUUGGAUAUUUUCUCAAAAAUAGAAUGAGUCAAUCCUCGAUAUCCGAGUCAGUUUGUGAUGAGACCAGUCCUCUCAUAGACAGCGGAGUGGACAUAUGGUACGUCAAGUACGAACCACACCAAGCACAAUGCCGACAGAACUGUAUGUUGUGUAGUGAAGAGUGUAUGAUUGUUAGUGGUCAGCUUCAUGAAGUGGGAUGCCUGUGUAAUCAGAGUGACGUCUGUUCCUCAUGUCUGACAAGUUCAACUGAGUAUCAUUUCGGUUACACUGCCAACCAAACCACCAACCAUGAACCCAAGCACAGUACGCCCAUCAAGAACGGUUUACUGGUGACGAAUCCUGCCGUCAGUUAUCCCAGUCCAUCCUCAUACAACAAUGGUGCUCCUCCAUCCAUCUCGUCCGCUCAUGCCAGCCGUUAUACUGUCACAUCAAGUAUGCGACCGCUACGGACGACCAGUCCAACAAGAUUAUCUAAGUCACUCAGUGCUCUUAAGCCUUUUGGUACAGAGUUGGAGAAUGGUACGAUACAAAAACAACGCCAGGAACUCCAGAUGCUGAUCACGGAGCUGAAGGAUCGGGAUCGGGAGCUGAACGAUAUGGUCGCCGCUCAUCAACGUCAGAUGUUGGCGUGGGAAGAGGAUAGACAAAGGGUGCUUACGUUGGAACAGAAAUGUGCUAGGUUAAAUGCUGAGGUUUCCAGCAAGUCUGAGCAGGUGAAGUCUCUGAAAGGCAAACUGAAGGCCAGGGAGUCUGAGGACAAAGACAAGGCAACUGCAUUGCAGUGCACACAGGAACAGCUGUCGAAACUCAGUGAACAACAUUGUCAAGCAUCCAUGCAAUUACAUGAAUCCCAGGAAAGGAAUGCCAGCUUGACAGGUUCCAUGAAGGAGAUGUGUAGUACUAUUGGACAGUUGGAAGCCAGGGAACAAGAACUUAUAACAAUGCUCAAAAUGAAGGACAAGGAUCUCAUCGAAGCGUCAGAUCACAUCUCAGAUCUGAGUGCAAAGUUAAAAAGGUUAGACAGGCAUAAUAAAGAACAUCAGAAAAAGGAAUCGGAAGCAAGACGGCAGGCGUCGGAAUGGAAACAAAAACACUCAGAAGUUCGCCAGGAAGUCGACAGAUUAAGAGGUGAACUUGGUUCCAAUAGAAGUGCUAAUGAAGAACAGUUUAUAGAAUCUGAAAAACUAAAAUCAGAAAUUCAAGAACUGAAAAAAGAAUUGGAAUUGGCAGCUGAGCGGGAGAAACGGAAGGAUGAGCUAGUUGAUCUUCAGAAGUCAAAGCAGGAGCGAGCUGACGCAGAGCUUGGUAAUCUACGCCAGAUUUAUGAGCGGCAACAGCGAGAUUUGUCACUACUUCAUCUUAAUUUGGAAAGUUCCAAGGAUUUAUUAGCAAAGCACAGAAAGGCGGCAUUUGAUGAUACCACUGACAGUGUCUUAGAUGACUACAACACCACCUCUGGGUUGUCCAAGUCAUCGCUGGAUCAGCAUGGUAUGCCAUCAUAUGACCAGGGCUUGGAUAUCAAACAGAUUAGCUUCCUCAGCUCUAUCGACGAUGGCAAUCCAAGAAGUGUUGAUACAUCAUUCACAUCGGUGACAGAUGGCGAGGAGUACACGCUGCCUUCUGCAAAAAAUCUGCUGUCUCCCACCAGUAAACUCCAUCGCCUCCUGGCAGAAUCUCGGCAAAUGGUGGAAGAUCUCGAAAAAACGACUUUACCUCCAUUUGUUGGAAAAUAUCCUGAGACUCCAGCUAAAGAUGCAUUCCAGUCUCCACCCGUAGAUGUUUUCCAGACUCCACCUAAAGUAGCUCCUAAUAUCCCACUCAAUGAGACAAGAGAUAGUGAAUGUGAUUGUUGAUGCAGUGCCGUCCCACUCAUCUUAUUGUUUUCAAUUAUUUAUCAUUCUCAGUCAUUUUCAUCUUUGAAAGACAUUACUUCAUGGAUACCCUCAAUUUGCUGACGUACAUGUACAUGUAGAUAGCCAUGUGGUUCGAGGCGUAUAGAUUUUCUUCUUUGAUAUGAUAAAUGUAGUCAUCAGAAAGUUUUCUGAAAAUUCUGAGAAGGAAAUUAUUUUGCAGGACAUUUUCAAAAUUAUCAAAGGCAGAGCCACUAAGGUUAGAUAAAGAGGACUGCUCAUGUAGAUAUGUACAUUUUGUGUAAAUUUUGUUAUGUUUUUCUUACUUUUUCAAUAUCCUCUGCUUCUCAGUGUGGUAGGCCUGGUUAUUUUCCUAUCUGCCACCAUUUUAUUUUUUGCGUUUUAUGGGAGGCAAACUUUAAAACACGUGAAAACUCCAGCUCUAAUGCAUUUGCAAUUAUGCAACAAAUAUGUGAUUUUGUUUACCAUAACUGAAUAUGGGCUAUUUCGCCUUCCUCUGGCAUCUUCAAAAUUCUCGAUUUACGAUAUGCAAUCCCAGUAGGUCAUCUGGUCAGCUUCUUACAAACUUCAUGUUAGUUGGCACUACAAGUUGUUGCUGUUGUAGAAUAGUUAUUGACAAUUGUAUAUACCUGUAUGUCUAUGCACCUUUGGGUUCUUUAAUUCUUGAUAUGGAUAUUGCUGAUAUCGGCCUGUAUCAACUAUUGGCCGUGUAAUGAUUGUGUUCAUUCUUGGUUUUACCAAUGCAAGUAUUCUCAUAUUUUAAGGCAUUUAUUGGUAUGAUUACACUUUUGUUCAAGAGGUUAACCCACCAAAAAGUGAUGAAGCAAUUUUUAGCAAUUAGUUCUGAAUUUUGGAGCAAAUCUUGAUAUGGGCAGUGUUGUUUGUAUAUUUGGUUUGACAGCUCCCAGACUGUAUGUAUAAUAUCUGUCAAUAUGUAUAUUCAGGUAUGCAUUUCAAAAUAAA